AUGGACAACUCGAGCUAUCUGUCGCAGCAGGUCAACAGCAGUAUCAACCAGCUGCAUGGCCUGUUUGACGAGAUCGGCGUGCCCAACCAUGAGCGCGAAUCACGGGAGCAAGAGCUCUUCGAAGCUCUCUCGGAAGCUCUCAACAACCAAGUUCGCCUCGUAACGGCGGAAAAGAAGGAGAUGGUUGACGAGGCCAAAAAGAUCAUCACAACGAUGCGGCAGAUGGAGGCCUCCCUCGACGACUCGAAGCCAUCCCGGAGAUCGUUCGACGAGGACGACGAGCUCAAAAUCACAUACCCUCUAACGAGAUGUCUCCAGGUGCUCAAAGAGAAGCACAUACAGAUCAGCCGCCUCCAUAAGGAGCGCUUCGAGCAGGUCAAAAAACUCGUUGAUGCUCUCGAAUCUUAUUCUUCCCACCUCGAACCCACAUUCGUUCAGGUCGCCCUCCCGCCGUGUGGGCCAAACCAGUCCAUACCCCCGACCUUUGACCUGUCUCCAUCUUACGUCGACCGCCUCGAUGCCGAGUUUACGCGAGUCUACGAGGAAUACACGCGCCGCAUUGCCACGGUCCAGACCCUAUCCAACCACAUCAUUCAGCUGUGGGCCGAGCUGGGCAUCCCCCAGGCACAGCAAGAUGGCGCCAUCGUCAAAAACUACCGCGAUACCCCCGAGCAGCUUGGCCUCCACGAAGAGGACAUUGCCCGCCUCCAGUCGAAGCGUGAUCGGCUCGCCGAUGAGAAGAAGAACCGCGAGCGCAAGUUGCGCGACCUGAAAGCCGCCGUCGAGGCGCUCUGGGCAAAGCUGGGCGUUGACGGGAGCGAGACCAAAGUCUUUCUCAACCAGAACCGAGGUUGCGGAGUGCGACAAAUCAAUGAGUUCGAGGACGAGCUCGCACGGUUGAAUGAGCUGAAGCGACAGAACCUGCACCUCUUCGUUGAGGACGCGCGCGUCAAGCUCCAGGAUCUCUGGGAUGCGCUUUACUUUUCCGAAGACGAGAUGCUUGACUUCACCCCGGCGUUCUCCGAUGUCUACAGCGAUGCUCUGCUGGAAGCACAUGAGCGAGAGGUUGCAAGACUUGAGGCGCUCAAGGAGCAGCGAGCUCCGACGCUAGCUCUCAUUGACAAGCACAAGCAGCUCAUCAAGGACCGCGAUGAGUUGGCAGCCUCCAGUCAGGAUGCCUCGCGGCUCAUGAUGCGUGGUCAAAAGGGCGAGAAGCGCGACCCCGGAAAACUCCUUCGUGAGGAAAAGAUGCGCAAGAGGAUAGCAAAGGAGCUGCCCAAGGUGACGGUCGAGGUGCGCAAGACGCUGGAGAAAUGGGAGGACGAAUACGGCCGACCAUUCCUGGUGUUCGGCGAGCGAUACCUCGACGAGCUGGAAACCGAAGAAAGCAAGAAGGCUGCGCCCUCGGCACGCUCCAAGACACCCGCCGGGCCGCCACCGUCGACGGCCAAGGCUCCCAAGUCGGGCGGUCUGACCAGGGCCAACAGCGCCAAGUCCAUCCCCCCACGAACCAUGACCAAGACGCCGACUGCAGGCGAUCGGACGACGAAGAAGCCUGUAGCGAGCAACACCAAGGGAAGCCCGUCUCGAAUCCCCGCGCGUGCGCCGCUGUCCAACUUGAAGCACGGAAGCAACUCGCCAGAGCGCAGCCGGCCAGAGUCAAGGGCUGAGAUGUUGCGAAACGGGGCCCCGAUCCGCGCUCCGCCGCCCAAGAUGCGAGAUCUCAAGUCAGUCCCCGAGUUGGAGACGCCAAUGAACCCGUACAAGUCGGCUGGUCUCGGAAGCAUUGUCCGCCCGAUCGAGCCAGAGGACGUGUACGACGACAGGCCGCAGGCGGCAAGGGUGACGCGAUCCAACUCGACGCUGUCUGGCCGCACGGCGACCAGCUACUACGACGAUCAGCCAUAUGAUGACCGGUACGAGGACCGGUAUGAGUACGGAACAGUACGAGGCUACCCGCAAGCUCCGCCUCCACCGCGGCAAAUAUCCAACACGUCGACGGCCGUCUCCAACUCGGAAAACUGGGAGACGUACGACGACAACAGCGAGCCUGAGCCGGAUGCAUCAGAAGAAUACUACGCCAAGGUCAGGGCGGCCCGCGGUAAGAGGUAUGAGCCGGAGCAAUGUCCCAGGCCCAAUAGCCAAUCCAAGCGGCUGCGCGGCGUCCCUCCGCCUGCCGGUUACAACGGGCCAGUGAUGAUCGAUCAGGAGGGUAACCGCGUGAUAUCGGGCAGCGAGUGGACCGACGACGAUGCCUUCUAA